AUGCAUAUUGAAUAUUUGCCAAUGAGAUGGAAGUCUGGCGAUAAUUACUGUUAUAUCCUCUCAGACGACGAAACUAAAAAAUCGUGGUUGAUUGAUCCUGCAUAUCCAUCUGAAAUAUCGUCGUAUUUGUUAAAUCAGAACAAAACUGACGUGGUUGCAAUUGUCAACACACAUCACCAUUAUGACCACGCGGGCGGCAAUGGAGAAUUACUCAGAUCUCUCUAUCCCGGGGUUGACGUUAUCGCAGGGAAAGAUUCCCCACAUGUUAAUCGAAUCCCAAAAGAUGGUGAAAUUCUGGAGUUAGGGAAGAAUAUCAAAAUCAAAGCAAUCCAUACUCCUUGCCACACUCAAGACUCUAUUUGUUAUUAUGCUGAAGAUCAGAAGACUGGACAAAAAGGUGUUUUCACCGGAGACACAUUAUUUAUUUCAGGGUGUGGUCGAUUCUUUGAGGGUGAUGGUGCUCAAAUGAAAGCAGCAUUUGAAAAGCUACUUGAGCUUCCAGAAGAUACUAAAGUUUAUCCUGGACAUGAAUAUACGAGGUCAAAUGUGAAAUUCUCAAAGAUAGUUUUGGGAGCUAAGAAUGAGGCAUUGAAUAAUCUGGAGGAAUAUUGCUCCAAGCACGAGGUUACAACUGGUGUAUUCACGAUAGGAGACGAAAAGCGCUUCAAUCCUUUCGCUAGGCUCUUUGAUCCUGAAGUUCAGCGCUCGACUCAGGAGACAGAUCCGGUCAAGGUAAUGGACAAACUUCGUUCAAUGAAGAACAAUUUAUGA